AUGAAAAAGAGUGGCAACCUGGAAAUUUCAACCUUUUCUCAGGGUAAGGAUUUGAACCCUGGCACACUCCCAUACAAUACAAGUAUAAACUCUCACACUCUGUUUCUCAACACACCCCAAGAAUCACUCACUCUCUCUAUGUCUAUGACAUCCAUGAAAGAGCCACCUCUCUCUCGUCGCAAAAGGCCCACUUCUCAGCCCAAGAAGCUCAAGCUGGUGUGCAGCUUCAAUGGCGCCUUCCAGCCUAGACCACCUUCCGGGAAGCUCCGGUACGUCGGUGGCGAAGCCAGAAUUGUAUCCGUUGACCGAAACAUCGGGUUCUCAAAGCUCCGAUCAAAGAUUUUGGAUCUUUGCCCCAAUAUUAAUCCCUCGUUUACCCUCAAAUACCAGCUUCCCGGUUCGGGCUCCGACUCCGAAACCUCCCCUCUCGUCCUCAUCGUCUCCGACGACGACGUUCGGUGCAUGAUCGACGAGUACGACAAGCUCGAGCUCGACGGUAAGUCCGCGAGGCUCUGGGUCUUUGUUUGUAGCAAUGGCAACGAUAAUCUUAAUGUUCAAGUUAAUUGCGUGAAAGGAGUCAAAUUCAGUGAUGGGUUUGAGUCCGAGAGCCCAAAUAUUGAGACCCAUCAUUUGGGCGGGGCUCCGAUAGAUAAUAAGGUGGCGGUUAAAAACCCAGGGGCUGUACGGUAUGGUGAUGAGUCGCUGAGGAAGAUGGUGUUGAAACAGCAAUUGCUAGCAAAGCAAUCGGCUUUAGGCCGUGGUUUUGGUGUUAAUGAGAGUGAUAUGGAAAUGGGUUGCUUUGGCGAGAGCCAAAAGUGUGCUUCAUAUGAACGUCCGCCUAUAGAUUUAGGCCCUGAACAGCAAGUCUCGAUCAACAGAGACUUGUUGGCUAACAGAGUAGGGAGUAACUGGGGUAAUAAUCAAGUGCAGUUUUCAGUGUCUCGGUCCAGUCUAUUGAAUCCCAGAUAUGGGAAUUUGCAUGUUGAAACAGAUAGUUCUGGGCAGUGUUGUUCGGCGAGGUCGGGUCAGGUUUUCUGUAAUGGGGUUGGCAUGUAUAGUCAGUCAGUCCCUGCAACACAGUGUUCGAAACCAAUGAAUUGUUCUUCGGGUAUGAAACCAACUUGUAAUUGUUGUAAUGCUAAGAAGGAUUUGGGAAACUCUGGAGUGGCUGGGAUUAGCUAUCUGAACAGAGAGAACGUUAAGCCUUGGGAAGCCAAUUGUUAUUCAGUGAAGGAUCAAUUGAGUUGUCAUUAUAGUGGUGAUGCUUUGGCUGGAACUGUGUAUCCUGUCAAGUCUUCUUAUGCUGGAGAUAAGGUGUGUGGUGGCUUUAAUAGCAGCAUCCGUAACCAUAGAUUCGGUGUGAAUGAUUCUAGAAUUCAGCGGUGUUAUCAAUACCAUGUUCGGAAUCAUCAUCGGAACAACAUAGUUGAAAUGGGGAACAACAGAACAAAGCAGGGGAUUUCAGUACGGAAAUGCUACCCCGGGCUCAGGCCAAAUUCGAACAUUGCAAAGCAGGGGCAGCCUAUGAGAGCUCACAAUCUAAAUUCAUGGAAGCAUUGUUAUGGUUUUUCUGAGCAAACAAUGGAAGAAAGGGUGAGGAUGAUGGAUUCUAAUUCAGUGAAAGACAGUUACUUGAUGGAUGUCCUACGUGGUAACGAGAAACCGAGUAAAUGGGGUGGCCCUGCACUUUCACAGCAUAGGACUCCAAGUCCUGAGGAAUCCCUUUUAGGUUGUUAUGGUGCAUUUACUGGUGUGGUUGAUCAAUUGCUCUUGAAUCCUGAUGCCACUGAGAGUUCAUGCCCAUCUGUGAGGAGAAUGGACAUUCUGGAAGAUCUCUUGACUGGUUCUGACUUUGGGAACUGUGAAGGUCCAUAUCGGACUUCGUAUGAAAAUUUUGAUGCAGUGCCUGUCAAUUGUGACCUUGAAAAGGAGGUGCGCCAGAUGGACUCUCAGAAGGUUGCCGACACCUCUGGCUUACCCAGUGAAGUGGGACGUGGCGUUGGAAUCAGAUUGGAAGGUGAUAGCAAGUUGCCUAAUGGAGAAGCAGUCAUCAACUCUGUAAUCAAUUGUGAAAACGGCACUAAUGGUUCAUAUAGCGGAGUAACAUCUUCAGUGAGUAUUUCUUUGCACAACCUUUCGCUGUCAUCAUCCAAAGAAGCAGUUGCUCCUCAGCUCUCUUCUCAUGCUAGCAGUGUUGUAAGAAUUGAUGGAAAGGCCAACAAUGGAGAAAGUCUUGAAUGCUUUAAAGUAAUUGGUGGAAACUCCAGUGAUCCGGCUGCGUUUUAUACUCAUCUGGCCAGUCGAGAGCUGCAGACUAUAAAAAAUUCUGACCUUGAGUUCAUAAAAGAACUUGGUUCGGGAACAUACGGAACUGUUUACUAUGGAAAGUGGAAGGGGUCUGAUGUUGCUAUAAAAAAGAUUAAGCCCAGUUGCUUUACUGAAGGCACAGUGAAGGAGGAUCGAUUGCUUGCUGACUUUUGGAAGGAAGCUCACAUACUAGGCCAGCUUCACCACCCAAAUAUUGUGGCAUUCUAUGGUGUAGUGUCGGAUGGACCAGUGAUAAAUUUGGCAACAGUGACAGAGUACAUGGUGAAUGGCUCUCUAAAACAAGUUUUGCAAAAAAAAGAUCGAACUAUUGAUCGUCGAAAGAGGCUGAUUAUAGCAAUGGAUGCUGCUUUUGGUAUGGAAUAUCUUCAUGAGAAGAGCAUUGUCCAUUUUGAUUUGAAAUCACAUAACUUUCUCGUGAAUAUGAGGGACCCUCAGCGCCCAGUGUGUAAGAUUGGUGAUCUGGGUUUAUCAAAAAUCAAGCAGAGGACACUUGUUUCUGGUGGAGUGCGAGGUACCAUACCAUGGAUGGCUCCAGAACUUUUGAACAGCAAGAACAAUUUGGUGACAGAGAAGGUUGAUGUGUACUCAUUUGGAAUUGUGAUGUGGGAACUCUUGACUGGGGAGGAACCCUAUGCAAACUUGCGCUCAAAGGAACUAAUAGCUGGUAUAAUCAAAGGCAGUCUCCGACCUGAAAUCCCAAGCUGGUGCGAUCCAUUGUGGAGAUCAUUGAUGGAGAGGUGCUGGUCAUCUGAUCCUGACUCUCGGCCACCCUUCUCAGAAAUUGCAAAGGAGCUACGUGCCAUGUCAGCUGCCAUGAACAUCAAAUGACAAUAUUGAAGCUGACCUUGGACGCUGAACUAUGAAAUAUGUCCUGUAAAUACGCUGGCACUACCAGGAAGUGCGCAUGCUGAGACAAGGUUAAGUUUUGCCGUCCACUGUCUUGUGCAACCUAAAGAAAAUCUUGCAGUAGGGUUAGCCAAGCUGGAUGUCAUUUUUGCAAUCACCAGUAUGUAAUAGGCUAGUAGGUAGCAUAUAGUAGGCAGAGGCUGAAGUUCGUUAAAGAAAGUUCUUCAGUAGUUGGAUGGUCCUGAAAGUUUGUCUAGUCUUUAAAGAAC